AUGACCUGGGACCCGAAUCUCCGACCCCGUGCCUUCCGAUGCUCUGGCCUGUCGAGGGUCCCGGAAGCUGCCUUGCUGAGCAGUCGCCAGGCAGUUGAAGAUCAACUAAAGAUAUGUGGUCACAAGAGGGAUGCUGAUGUCUUCGAGUUGUUCCUUUCUAAAAAGGAACUAACAGAAGUCAUUGAUCUUUCCAGGUUUAAAAAAUUAAAAUACUUAUGGCUUCAUCAUAACAAGCUCCAUGGAAUAACAUUUCUAACUAGAAAUUACUGUCUGACAGAACUAUAUCUAAACAACAAUGCAAUCUUUGAGAUAGAAGGCCUGCAUUCUUUGCCUUCAUUGCAUAUACUCAUGCUGCAGCACAACGAGCUAACAAACAUCGAUGCCACCGUGAAGGAGUUAAAGGGAAUGCUGAACCUGAAGACACUAAGUCUGUACCAAAACCCUUUGUGCCAAUAUAACCUGUACCGUUUAUAUGUCAUCUACCACCUUCCAGGAGUGGAGCUACUUGACCGAAAUCAAGUUACAGAAAAAGAAAGACGAUCAAUGAUUACCAUUUUUAAUCAUGGAAAGGCUCAUAUCAUUCAGUCAAUAGCGUUCAGAAGAAAAGUAGAUGCCUCAUGGAAUCCUAAAUCACCAUUUAAGCAAAAACCAACCCAGAGAGUACCUUCAGAUUUUGCAUUUGCGAAUAAUGUAGACAAAACUGUGUUUGAUGACCCAGAAGAUGCUGUUUUUGUAAGGUCCAUGAAGAGAUCAGUGAUGACCAUCACUUCUAUGAACUGGGACACAGUUCCAACACGGGAGGAAAAAUACCUUGAAGAGAAAGGCACCAAGCCUGCUCAAAUGCUCACACUUACACUGAGAUAA